UGCAAAUUUAGGAGGCAGGCAUCGCAUUACAAGGCGCACCGUGCCUACCAUGCGCAACCUCACGGGAGGCAGGAGCAACGCCACAAUGUACACCGCUCUUACCUCUUGAGAUGGAAGGAUGUGGCCUUCAGUCUUGGCAUGUUCAACUUCAACAAUGUGAACGGUAUCGACUGCACCACUUGCCACCGUUAUGAAUGUGACUCUUCUGCUGCUUGAGCCCAGCUUUCUCGCCUCGCCGUAAGUGACAACAACCAUGGCAUCUGCACGGCCGGAGCCAAAGCAACGCUUCCUCAUCUGGGGCGGAGAUGGCUGGAUUGCCGGUCACCUCGAAAGACUCCUCAGCCGCCAGGGCAAAGACGUACACACCACCACCGUACGUAUGGAGAAUCGCGAGGCCGUCAUGCAGGAAAUCGCCAGGGUCGGCCCUACUCACAUCCUCAACGCCGCCGGCUGCACCGGAAGGCCCAAUGUCGACUGGUGUGAGGACCACAAGGAAGCGACUGUUCGAUCCAACGUCAUCGGAGCACUCAACCUGGCCGACUGCUGUUUUCAGGCUAAUAUUCACUGCACCGUCUUUGCGACGGGCUGCAUCUACCAGUAUGACGAUGCUCACCCCAUUGGCGGGCCUGGAUACACGGAGGAAGACGAGCCAAACUUUCGCGGCAGCUUCUACUCGGAGACCAAGGGCCACGUUGAGCCUAUUAUGAAGCACUAUGGCAACUGCUUGAUACUCCGUCUACGCAUGCCGGUCAGCGACGACCUUCACCCGCGCAGCUUUGUCACCAAGAUCAUAGGAUAUGACCGCGUCGUCAAUAUCCCGAAUAGCAAUACCAUUCUCCACGACCUCUUGCCCGCCGCCAUCCUCUUGGCUGAACACGACGAAAUGGGUGUUUAUAAUUUUACGAACCCAGGCGCCAUCUCACACAAUGAGGUCCUUCAGCUCUUCAAGGAGAUUGUCCGACCAGGCCUGACCUAUAAAAACUUUAGCGUCAUGGAACAAGCGCAGGUUAUCAAGGCAGGGCGCAGCAACUGCCAGUUAAGCACGACCAAGCUCGUGGGAAAGCUUCGCGAGUACGAUUACGUCGUUCCGGAGGUGCAUGAUGCCUACCGCCGCUGCUUCAAGAGGAUGAGAGCCGGCGGGAUUCGUUAGCGGAAUCAGGCAAUCCGGGCCGCGCUUUGCUUACUUCAUAUGUUGGUGGCUUUGGACGGUCUCAACUGGGAAACGUCGGUUCGACAGGCGCAGGCUGUAUUUG